UGGAAGCAAUAGCUUUCUAAUUCUUGUUUAGAGUGCACCAAAAGAACAAGCCUCAGCUUUUAGUGAAUUCCAUCAUUAAUAGCAAGAAAUUAAGGAUCAAAGGAAACACAGAAACAUAAGCUUCUAUUGUUUUUUUUUUCAAUCUCCUUCUAUUUCAAUGUCAAAUAUUUCAGGUGAUGAUGAAGGAAGUUUCUCAUCAGGAAACAAUGGGGAAGAAGUUCAUCAAGAAACCAAGCAGCAACAGCUACUAAACCAACUCCAUGACUCAAGUUCAGGAGCUUGCAAUAGCAAUGACUCCACUAAUCAACAGCAAACCAAGAAGAAAAGAAACCUACCAGGGAAUCCAGAUCCUAAUGCUGAAGUUGUUGCUUUAUCACCAACCACAUUAAUGGCAACAAAUAGAUUCCUCUGUGAGAUCUGCAACAAAGGGUUUCAGAGGGAUCAAAACCUUCAGUUGCACCGAAGAGGUCACAAUCUUCCUUGGAAGCUCAAGCAAAGAACAAGUAAUGAGGUGAAGAAACGGGUGUAUGUGUGCCCUGAGCCAUCAUGCGUCCACCAUAACCCUGCUCGUGCAUUAGGAGACCUCACUGGCAUAAAAAAGCACUACAGCCGCAAACAUGGUGAGAAGAAAUGGAAAUGUGACAAGUGCUCCAAAAGAUAUGCAGUCCAAUCUGAUUGGAAGGCCCACCAGAAAACAUGUGGUACUAGGGAGUACAAAUGUGAUUGUGGAACCAUAUUUUCCAGGAGAGACAGUUUUAUCACCCACAGAGCAUUCUGUGAUGCAUUAACUGAAGAAAACAACAGAGUGAACCAGGGAUUAACUAGUGGCAUGCCACAAAACAUGCAAAGUCAAAUGCCGGAUCUCAUGUCCACUAUGCCCCUAAGAGGAACUAGCUCCAACACUGCAUCAGAAUUCAAUGACUAUGACCCUAAGACCUCACUCAGAUCACCAACACAAGAGCUCGUCCCAACGCAGUUCAGGUCCAUGAGUAUGGGUGGUGGCAUGUUCUCCACCAAUGCAGGCGCACUUUUUGGUGGUCCAAGAAGCAUGCCUCCCUCUUCUUCCAGUCUUCAGCUUAGUUCACACACCGCCUCCGGCAUCAAUUACUUGCAAGACAGCAAAAAUGGAGGACUAAUGUCUGCUACAGCUCAGAUGUCAGCAACAGCUUUACUUCAGAAAGCAGCACAAAUGGGUGCCACUGCAAGCAACAGUGUUAACUCUCCAAUGAUGCAAAAAAGCUAUGUUAGCAGCAUGGCUGGUCCUGAUCAUGUUUCUUCCAUUACUAGACCACAAUAUUCUGGUGCCAUCUUGCAGCCGCAAAAUCACCACUCAUAUGACCACUUCCCUCCACAGCCUGAUCUAUCUAACAUUGGUGGAGGAUUCACCAACCACUUGUUUCAGAAAGGACACCAAGAACUCUCUCAACUGUUUGAUACUAACACUAGUGGAACAACCACAGUUAAUGAUGAUGUUGGAAAUUUCAACCAAAUGUCCAUGAGAAGUGAGCAAAACAGAGGAUUGAUGAAGAGUGUGGAAGAAGAGGUUUGUGAUUUUACAAGUUUGAUCCAUGGAAGAGAUGUGGCAGAAGGUAACCAUCACCCAAUGGAGCCAACAAGGUUUGGAGGGAGUGACAAUAUGACAAGGGUUCAUGACUUCUUGGGCAUAGGGGGUUCAACUUCAAGAGCAGGAGUGACUUUGCAGCAUGAACCUCAGCAGCAACAGCAGCAGCAGCAAACAAUGGAAAUUAUGAAUCACUUUCAUCACCAUGUUCCACAUGAGGGUUCAGCUAUGGAGAAACCCAUUUGGGAUGUUUGAGAGCUGGCACAAAACAUGUUCCUUUAAAUUGAGUUUGUAAGACUUAUAAAGGUUUUAAUUACACAUAAUUGGUCAGGAAAGUUUGGAUGGUUUUAGAUAGCAGCUUAAUUUGAACUACUCAACAGUCAACACAGAUAUUGUAACUCAUCCAUUUGAACUACUCAACACAGAUAUUUAGCCAA